AUGGAGCAUGAAGAGUAUGCUCGUGAGCUGGCUGCUCAUUACAAAAUCAGCCCACAAUUGCCUUAUCACUCCAUCAUCGAAGAACUAAAGAAUGUGCUUGAUUCCAAGCGUUUGGAUUUGCAGAAAUUAUAUAAAUUGAAAGCUGGAGUUCAAAAGCUCCGAGAUGCUGCAGGGAAGAGUGUAUCUGCUGUCAUGCCUUCAAACAAUGACUUCACGAGCGGACCCAAUUUCGCUGGGUCCAAAGAAGGUCAUACAUUGGAUCGAAAAUCUAGUCGAGUCACUACAUCAGCGGUUAUUAAAAGUAUUAACAGUGAUGUUCAGGAUCUUGCGGAGGAUAUAUGUGAUUUGGAAACGUCACUUCUUUUACUAAAGCACUGUCAACCCAGUUUCGACCAACAAAGCACUGUAGUAAAGUCGGCCAACCGUAGUGACAGUAUUGAUCAACGCCUCGCAGAGCUUCAGAAAGCGUUGGAUAUAGAGCUGCAGGUUCGCAGUGGAGCAGAGCGUCUGAUCCAAACGUACAAAUCAGGUCCUCGUCAUUUUCUCGAGGAAGCUAGAAAGCAGUAUGAAAAUGCUAAUAAUAAAAUCGGAUUUAUUCGAAAUCAGAUGAUUCGCGUCAAGCAAAUGAAUGAAGGGUUCUGCCAGACAGAUACUUCGUCCCUUGGAUCUGAUACAGCUAAAGCAAAUGGCUCCAUAAACACAGCCUCUUCUGUUUCCAAUCAUCAAGAGAGUUUUCUUAUAUGGAAAGAUAAAGUAAUGGAAUUAGCCCACCGUUUGCGAGUUGAAAGAGCUUUAUUUGUGGGGAGUAAAAAAGCUGUCAGUGCCGUUCUAGACAACCAAAUUCAUGUGGACAAAUCUAGAAAGUUGCAGGCGUUACAAGAGGCUCGUGAAUCUCUUCAUAGACUUUAUUUAUUUCAAGAAUCAAUCAAACCGCUUUUAAAGAGACCGCCACCAACACACUUUCCCGAGAUGAUUUCUUCUAUUGUCGAUGACCCUGAAAUGACUGUACUUUUAUCCUCGCCCUGGAGUAAUACUACUGUAUUUCAUGGCAAUAGCUCAUUGUUAAUUCCCAGUCCACCAACUGCGAUCACUGGAAGUUUGGAGGUUCGUUGCUUAGGUUGUCAGGAUAUCGUUGAUCAUUUUCCAGCUGAGAUUGUAAAUAAUGAACUUUCUGGCACAUCAACAUCUCGAGUUUACUCUGUCCCAUCAGUUAUGACAUCUCGCACAUCUGAGAAUCACUGGGUGGAUGUUCGAUGCUCUUUAUUGAUUGAUCAUAAACGUGUAUGGGAUUCACCUUGGCGGCAACCUAAUCAGCAGUGUUGGGACUCAAAGACUACAUUUAAUAUCGAUCGUGGCAAAGAACUGGAAGUUCAAGUAUAUUGGAAGCGUACGUUUCUUCCAAGCUCUGUUACCACUCCUUCAGGAUCCUCUGCUUCAUCCAAAAGUGGUUCGUCUGAGGAUUCUGGUUCUGGAUUAGAGUGGGUUUUAGCAGCCGUAAAUUAUGUGCGCCUUGAAGAACUACUUGGUGGCGAAUCACGUUCUGUUAUGCUUCCUAUGUUACCAACGGGGAAAGUUUUCCUUGUCCUUAAAUUCUCUGAUCCUCUUCUUUCGAAACCUCGAUGCGGCUUACAUCGCCAGAAACGCUUAUUUUCCAAGCGCAAAGGAAACAAUAUUCCUCGUAUUAAUGAACUUGAUAUGAAUAUACCCUUAUGGACUCGUUUGCUUAAAAGCGGUCAAUUAUCUAAAAUGAAUCGUUCUGUUGUUAGUGGUUCAUGGACACUUAAUCAUUCAAAAGAAUUUGGAUCUUCAGGAUCUGUAAUGCUGCAUGGUCUAGAGGGUCGCUUCCAACAGCUUAAUACUUCUCUUAGUGGUUCACCAGUUUCUGCUCAGUCUCUUUUGACUGAUGACAUCAAUGAGUAUUCAUCAACACCCCAUCAUCAUGCACCCGCUACUGGAAUCGGCUCUUCAUUUUCGCCGGACUACGAUGUUGCGCCAGUUAUCAUCGAAUAUGACAUGGAUAGUAGCUCCCGCAAACCUCCUACUCCGUCCCGUGUUUCUGACUACGCCAAUCCGGAAGACCUUGGUGCUACGGAAAUGAUAUCUAUAGGUCAGGACGCCGAUUAUCGUACUGCGGACUAUAUUAAUAUGGAUGUGCAACGAUCUAAUUCUGGUCCCGUUGUAUUGUCAACCGAAAAAGAAAAUAAAGAUGUUCCUACUGCAGAGUCUCCGCGUACUGCAGCAUCCAAAAUUUUUAGUGAAUUGUCAUCAAACAAAUCCACAACAACACUCAGCAUGAUUGAUUUCCGCACUGUGGCUGUUCUUGGGCGUGGUCAUUUUGGCAAAGUAUUGCUAUCUCAAUACCACCGAGAUAAUAAGUACUAUGCUAUAAAAUCUUUAAAGAAGGCGGAGAUAAUCUUUCGUAAUGAGGUCGAUACAUUACUAACAGAAAAACGCAUUUUGCAAAUCAUUACCGAUGCACAACAUCCUUUCCUCAUAAACUUAAUUGCCUGCUUCCAGACAAAGGAACACGUAAUGUUUGUGAUGGAGUAUGCACAGGGUGGUGAUCUCAUGUCACUUAUUCAAAAAAAUGUAUUUAAAGAACCUCAAGCUGUGUUUUAUGCUGGAUGUGUUGUUUUAGGUAUCGAGUUCCUUCACUCUAAAAAGAUUGUUUACCGGGAUCUCAAACUGGAUAACUUGUUGUUGGAUUCAGAAGGUUUUGUAAAGAUGGCUGAUUUCGGUUUAUGUAAGGAAGGCAUGGGGCCAGAUGAUCGAACUUCCACAUUCUGUGGGACGCCGGAAUUUUUAGCCCCUGAAGUUCUCACAGAUUCUUCAUACACACGUGCUGUAGAUUGGUGGGGCUUGGGUGUUCUCAUUUUCGAGAUGCUUGUCGGCGAAUGUCCCUUCCCUGGUGAAAGUGAAGAAGAAAUUUUUGACAGCAUUGUUAAUAAAAGUGUUUGCUACCCUAAUUAUUUAAGCAUGGAAGCUAAGUUAAUAAUGGGGCGCCUACUUCGUCGGAAUGCUGCACAGCGUCUCGGAUCUUCAGUUCAAGAUGCAGAAGAAAUUAAAAGACAACCAUUCUUCCGUAAACUAGAUUUCCAAGCUCUGUUAGCCCAAAAAAUAAAACCACCAUUUGUUCCUGUUGUUUCUGGUCCUGAAGAUGUUUCAAAUUUCGAUGAAGAAUUCACCAGGGAAAAAGCAGUUCUUACACCAACUAAACAACGUCCGCCUCUUCUAGAUGCAGAUCAGUUAAAUUUCUCUAAUUUUGACUAUUAUUCACAUUUAGUGUAA